GCGUUCUAUAAUAUAUAUAUAUUAUCUUUAACAUGCAGCCUCGGAUCAAAUUUGUGUCCUCUUAAAAGUAGGCCUUGUUCCAUAGACAGAAUUCUGUAUAAAACCUAGACGAAAGUAAGCGUUACACCAACACUACUGGAAGAACUGAGCAGAUAUCUCAAAUACAGAAAUAAACCGGCAUCAUGAACAUCGUUGUGGUUUUGACGUGCAUUGUGGGCGUGUCCCUGGCUGCUCCAACCUCUGACCCUUGUGCCGACAUGCUAAAGACAACGCAAAAGUGUUUCACUGACAAUGGCAUUCCUUCGGAAGAGGUAAAUGCCAUGAUCAAGGCUGUUUCAAUCGGCAACAUGGCAGGAAUGAACUUCACCAACUACUGUGGCGACAGAAAAGAUGCCUUCCUGAAUGCCAGUAAAUGUGUUAGGGACGCUGUAAAUACGUGUUCUCCAAACAGUUAUGAUGUUUCUUUAAAUUUCGAUUACUCGAAAUACAUGGAUGCACUGUGUACUGACAAAAACAUCAAACUUGAAUGCGUGUCACAUUCAGGAUUCAUAGAUGCAUUUUCCAAAUGUAUCAAGGACGAAGCUGCUCGACAAUUCAAUUCGACCACGGUGAGUGUAUGUGAUCAAGGAAAAAUCUCUUUGUCUUGCGUAAAGACAGUAGUGGGGGCGUGCGACGAGCAUACUGGUGAAUUCUACCAUGAUUUUAUGCAGCCCACAGUGGAACAAGCGUGCAAAGGGAAUACUGUUCUUGGCUAGAUUUGACAGCGUGCGUGGAAGGAUCUGAGCACCUAAACUGUGAAGGGAACUAACAACAGACUUUGGCAUAAUGAAUUUACCCAGUCGAAAUCAUUGAGGACGUGCAUUCUGGUUAUUCGAACGCUUGAAGACGCCCUAUUUUGAAGAAUUAUAAAAAGAACAACUUAGCUGUUCACACAUAUUAGAGGUUUUUUUUCAGUUCAGAUUUCUCUGUUUGAAACUUGAAUGCUCAAAUCCGUGUUACUAGUUUGUGUAAAUUAGGUUUGAAAUGUGCCAUGAUAUUGAGUCCGCUACGCCUUGCAAACUUUUAAAAACAUUUUUUCGGGGUCAAGGGCCGGUUUUCAUACUUUAAAUGUGUACCAACUGCCAAAUAUCAUUAAAAAAAUCUUAAUGGGAGUUUUGUUUCGCAAGAAGAGAUUCGUUUUGAAUUUGGGAAUCCAAUCAAUUUAGUUUGGGUUAUUCUGAGCAUGCAAAAAAAAGUAUACAUAAUAUUUGCAGACAAUUAUAAUGUUCAACGAUUACUCGUCUAAAGUAAUCACUACUGUUCAUUAUUUUCUUUAUUCACGCCGUCUCUCCCUAAAAAAUCUGCCUCUACUUUGGAAAGUCGGGCCUUACAUUGAAUAACAUGACUUCAUGACUUCAUGACUUCAUGACUUCAUGACUUCAUGACUUCAUGAGUUUCAUUCGAAACUUACAGUUUACAAAACAAAUUUUUGAUAUUGAAAGAGUGGUGUAUGUUGUGAACCAACACAAAAUAGGAAACAGAUAGGAAAAUAAUCAUGCUGUUUGUUGUCCCUUGCAGUUUGUUCUGCUCUCCUUGUGUCUAAUGAAAUUGAACGGAAAGAUAAAAUACUUGUAUUAAAAACCAAAACAUUCGGAAUAACAUCUAGAAAAUGAAAGAAAAAUUGUUUAAGAAAUAAACGUACAAAUUGUAAAAAUAUGAAAA